AGGGCAUCCGGAGCGCUACAGAGGACGGACCGUAGAGGUUGUCUGAAGGCCGAGGCCAAGAUGGCGGCGCUGGCUGCUCCCCGCCUGUUCCACCCGAUCCUUGCUGUGCGCUCUGGCAUGGGUGCCGCUCUGCAGGUGCGAGGGGUCCAUUCAGGCAUGGCCGCUGACAGCCCGAGCAGCACCCAGCCCGCUGUAUCCCAGGCCAGAGCCGUGGUCCCCAAACCUGCCGCACUUCCCAGCAGCCGGGGCGAGUAUGUGGUGGCCAAGCUGGAUGACCUCAUCAACUGGGCGCGCCGGAGCUCACUGUGGCCCAUGACCUUUGGCCUGGCCUGCUGUGCCGUGGAGAUGAUGCACAUGGCAGCUCCCCGCUAUGACAUGGACCGCUUUGGCGUGGUCUUCCGUGCCAGCCCGCGCCAGUCCGAUGUGAUGAUAGUGGCUGGGACGCUCACCAACAAGAUGGCCCCUGCGCUCCGCAAGGUCUACGACCAGAUGCCAGAGCCCCGCUAUGUCGUAUCCAUGGGGAGCUGCGCCAACGGAGGUGGCUACUACCACUACUCCUACUCAGUGGUGCGGGGCUGUGACCGCAUCGUUCCAGUGGACAUCUACGUCCCAGGCUGCCCGCCUACAGCCGAGGCCCUGCUCUAUGGCAUUCUGCAGCUGCAGAAGAAGAUCAAACGGGAAAAGAGGUUGCGGAUCUGGUACCGCAGGUAGUGCUGGCGCCCGGCCGCCCUGAGCAUCGUCCCCCCAAGAGGCGGUCAAUAAACCCGAUCAACCCUC